AACAGUCUUGCAGCUUCGAUCCCUGCCAGGUUCAUGGCUUAUCGUUAUCCGGAAACAUUAGCUCGAGUUCAAGCGGACGCGCUGCACGUCGAUGAUGCGGCAUCGUGACAAUUGUAUUUAUAUGUUGUAGUAUCCUGGUUCUUUUGUUGUUGGAAGAGCAUGGCUGCAGAGGCAGCAAACCAGAAGCGCAAGCGCGGCCGCCCUGCGAACGCGUCCCGACAAGACGAAAGCGCGUCGCAGUCUCAACUUACACUCUCGAGUAACGCCUCAAUAGUCCGUCCACAAGCAAAUGCCGCAGAUGGGGAUUCCCAAGAAGAGUCUCGUCCUAAAAAGCGUGGUAGACCUGCGAAAGCAUCUCUACGGCCAGAUCCAGAGCCGGAACCGGACAAUGUAGCAGCUUUACCAUCCAAGAAGAGGAAGCGUGGCAGACCUUCGUUAUCGCAGAAUCCGCAGAUACCGAACGGCCCCGAAGUUGAAGAGCCGCCAGCUGAGAAGUCCAAGCCAACGAAACGUGGCAGACCCGCGGCACCACGGCAAGAAGCUGAGCAGGAGCGCAACGAGGAGAUGAGCGCUGUCGCAAGGAGCCAGCCGCCUAAAAAACCUGGCAGGCCUCCAAUCAAUCGUUCACAGCAGGUCGCAGAACCUGAGCAAACACAAGAUAGCCCACAAGUGAGGAAAAGGGGUCGGCCCCCUAAACCGGUUGAAGCUACGGAGGACAAUCCUGAGGCAGAUGAUGAGACUGCGGUUGACUCUAGCUUGCUCAGAGGCACUAGAAAGGAACGUCGCACGGCAGUAGGGAGAGAGAAGGCGAAGCCCGGGAGGAGCAAAAAGCAAUCUAGGGCUGAAGCAGAUCCCGACGAUGAGGAGGAUGCCGAGGCUGAAGAAGAACCUGAAGCCGUUCCUGAAAGGGCAAGGAAGCGAGGUCGGCCAUCCCUCAAGAACAGAACUGCGACUGGGAACGAUCAAGUUGGGGAAAUGAGCAAAGCAAAACCUGGGAAGCGUGGUCGCCGCUCUGGUGACACUGAUGCUUCGACAGCGCCUGGGAUCCUCCCAAAAAAGCGUGGCCGCCCUUCUCUGAAUAAUGGCGCACAGCCCCAAACAAAGCAGCAGCCCCGUCCUGAACAACAGGUUAAGAAUACCGAAACGGCAGAGGAGACGGAAGAACCUGAGCAGGAGUCGGAUUCCGUGGAACGGCGGAGUCAGGCAGAGAGCCGAAGGAAGUCAGCUAAGAUAUCAUCCAAACCCAAGAAACGGCAACAGGCCCCUCCAGAAGAAGAUGGUUCCCGAGACAGGUCUCGAUCUUCAUCCCCGGAACCCGCCUCUUACCGCCACCUGGCGACUAAAACUCGACGCAUUACGCGACAAACCAUCCAGGAGAAAUGGUCACCACUCGAUGCGACCUCUGUGGACACCGUCGCAAACCUCUUACACUCGGCCUCCCGUCCUGUUCUGCUUCGUCUCAAUAACUUGACGAAGCACUCUCAAGCCGCGUCGGCUUUGAACGCUAUCAGCAAUCGACUGCGCGCCAAGCUUAGUCGCGGCUUGCCAUUCCCACCGGCUACUACAUCACAUAAGCGAGAAGAUGAGCUUGAGUACGAGCGAACUGUGGAUGGAAUACAGACUUUGGAAGCUCAACUCGAUCCGCUACUUCAUAGUGUUACAUUGCUGCAACGGGAAAAGGAGCGUGCUGAGAGUGAACUAGAAAUGGAGUAUAAGCUUCUCAACACAAUCAGCGCCAAUGCCAGAUCUGAGAUCAGAGGUCGGAGAGAUCAGCUGAGGAAGGUGCAUUCUCUUGUACCGGAUAUAAAGCAUGACGAGGACGAGCACGACUCCAAAAGACUUGGUUGGCUGCAAGCUGCUGAGAAGGGCGCAGGCGAAGCCUUCACCGACCUUCAGGAUGAUGAGCUCCAAGGUCUUGCAGCACAGCUUGGCAAUCAUAUGGAAAGUAUGCGCGGAAAUCUGCAGCAAAUAGACGGCGUCGCGCCCGCCAUCUUGGAUUGUCGUGCUGCAUUGAGUGCGGCCCUACUUCGGCACCUUGAUCAGGAAGCUUAUGAGCGUGCCUUGCUUGGAUAAUCGCAGGAUUCCAAGACAUAGCCAGUGUCAAUACUGACGGAUACUUGACGGCUUCGGAUAUUACGAGCUAUGAUCUAAUGAGAAAAUGACUAAACCAACGAACUGCGUAGUCAGUCGCUUCUGUUGUGUGUUGUUCCAGUGCCCACCAACCCAUAAAACUAAGGUUUCGUACAACUCGACAACCGACUAACCUCGCAUUGUGAUACUAUAUCCUCAUGCGUCUACCUCCCGAAGGUCCCACCCCGAACUCGUGCAAGUGCU